CACUGAAUCGCAGGCCCAGACCACCGCUGUUAGGGAAUGACAUCCGAGUCCGAGACCUAAAGGUGACGGAGUCCAAAAUGCGCUCUCCCAGGGCACUCGCAAUCCUCUGCAGGCCGACCAACUCAUCAUCUAUUCUACGGCUAGUAUCGACACUGAAAUUCAGCACCAUUGCCUCCGAACAUGGUCCCCCUGAUCGCGUGCGGCAGAUCCCCCCGGAAUUCAUAAACCUAGUCCAGGAAUACCUCCUCCCAGAAUAUGACGCAGUGCACAUCAUUAUGGGCAAAGAAACCGGUACUAAGGAUAUCCCGCUUCUGCUCUCGGGAAGGUUUGAAUAGCUGUAAAACACAUCCUCCGAUCUGGGCAGCCAGAAUUACUCGCAGAUUCCGAGAGCGGUUGUUGCGGGGGGUGGAUUCCACAAGGAGGCUUUAUUCGGGGUGAAGAGGGCGAGUGAUGAGGUGGAGAGGGUGCCAUGUUUGGGUGGGUUCUCUUUAUUUCGCGUACUUGAUUUGACUUGAGUCGAUUUACAUCAGUGAGCACUACGACGUACGAACAUAAUAGUAAAGCAGUAGACCCGUAGACGCUAAGGUCGGGACAGAGCAAGGACGGCGGUCAUGGGAGACAGCCCCCGGACAAGGCGGAACAGGAUGCAGUUUGCAAGGUGACAACC